AUGGCCAACACGAUCCACUCCACAGGCCGCGGUGGUGAGCAAUGGCCCUCGGUGCAUCACCCUUCGCCAUCGCAAAGAUACUCACAAACCACAGGCGCCGGCAACAUCGGCCCAGACGGCAAUGUCUACGUCGAUGGCGACAUUGUGCGCGAAGGCACGCCGGGCGUUUCCAAGGAGCCGGAAUACAGCGCUGGCCGCGGCGGUGCAGGAAACAUCGCGCACGCAGAGAAGGCUGGCGUGCCAUCGCAGGAAGUGGUCCCGGAAUCUGCGACGCGAGUUGAGCAACCUGGUGGCGCCUACGACAAUUACCACACUGGCCGAGGCGGGGAGGGGAAUGUGCAUAAGGAGAAAUACGGCGGCCACUCGCAACCUCAGAAAGAGCGUGGACAGAAAGAGAGCUUGUUGCAUAGAGCCAAACACGCCAUCGGCUUGGACAAGAAAGAGAAGACUCCAGAGCCAAGUGCAAAGUAA